GGAUCUCAUCUGCUCAUUCCACCGGAGCGGGCUUUGCAAAACCAGCCCGCUCGUCAAAGUGGAGUAUCGAAGCGUGGCCGCAGUCGCAUUCAAACAGCUACUUACGGCUAUCGGUGAGAGUUGAGUGUCCAGUGAAGACCAAAGCGUUUCGUUCGAUGGGAGAGGAAAGGCUCAUGAUUGUGACAUCACUAGAAAGCGCUCUAUCUCAUUGUCAGAGGUCACGUGACCACAACGGGCUGGGUUGAGUCACGUGAGCACAAGGACACCACGUGUUCCGAGAGGCGGUGCCUGGAGCAGUGAGGGGUUUAUCGCCCGCCGCUCGUCAUAGGACGGAUUAGAGCAGUAGAAUGACGUGACUGAGGAGUCGGUGCUGUUCACUCAGAGCCCUGCAUUAUUUUGUUUGGCCCAGCUGCCCCAGUUAUGAAAGUAAAGGUGUUACGGUGACCGAUAGACGCCAUGGUGGUGCCACUGAUUGACACUCCCACUCCUCCCAAUAUGGUGGCAGAUGUGGUGUUCGUUAUUGAGGGAACGGCAAAUCUUGGGCCAUACUUCGAGUCUCUGCGGAAACAUUACAUUCUUCCGGCGAUUGAGUAUUUUAACGAUGGUCCCCCUGCAGAAACUGAUUUUGGUGGUGAUUAUGGAGGCACACAGUACAGCUUAGUUGUGUUCAACACGGUGGACUGUGCGCCGGAAUCGUAUGUGCAGUGUCACGCCCCCACCAGCAGUGCUUAUGAAUUUGUCACCUGGCUUGACAGUAUUCAGUUCAUGGGCGGUGGAGGGGAGAGCUGCAGCCUUAUUGCAGAAGGACUCAGUACAGCCCUGCAGCUGUUUGACGACUUCAAGAAAAUGCGAGAACAAAUAGGGCAGACCCGCAAAAUUUGUGUUCUGAUCUGCAACUCUCCUCCAUACCUCCUGCCAGCCGUGGAGAGCACCACGUAUUCAGGCUUCACAACAGACAAUCUGGUUCAGAUGAUUGGCGAUAGAGGGAUCCAUUUCUCCGUGGUCUCGCCUCGUAAGCUGCCUGCCUUGAGAGUGCUUUUUGAAAAGGCGGCCUUGGGUGGUGUCAUAGAGACUCAGCUGAAGGACUACAGCCAGGAUCCUCGCCAUAUGAUCAUGAUUCGGGGGAUAGUACUUCCAGGUGGAGGGACAGUAGCAACCAACACGGUGCCACAGAAGCCAGUCCCACCGCAGCCACAGUCGUCGGUACAACAGCCGCCAAGUCUGUUAUCCAGUCAGUCGCAGGCACCCCAACUGUCGCAGUCACAACCACCAUCUCAGCCCCAGGCAAUCCCUUCUGUCUCACAGGCAUAUCAGGGGCCUUCAGCGUCCGGCUCCCUUGCUGGUGCUCAGGCUGCGGCUCAGAUCGCCUUGGAAACAGCGACCAAUCAGGCGAAAGCAGCUGUGGUCCCGUCAACCAGUCGAUUUCCUGCAGUCAACCAGAUACCUCCCGUGUCAGGUGUCGGAACGAUGUUCAGCCAGGCUACUUCGCAGACGUUAGCGUCCACUUCUGUGGCCAGUAUGGCCAAAGUCAUCCCGUCUACAGCGUCCAUGAUGACUGCAGCAGUAGCACAGUCCAGCCUGGUAUCCACGGUCACCACAGGAGUUCCACAGGCUACGCAACAGGCCAGCCAGCAGUCCUUGACUGUAGGUGUUGGACCAAGCGCUGGAAAUGUGUGCAGCGUAACUGUAGCCCCCACACCCGGUUCAGUGGCCAAUAAAAUCCUAGCGUGGAGCGGGGUCUUGGAGUGGCAGGAGAAACCUAAACCGGCUUCAGUAGAUUUAAAUGCGAAGCUCACACGUUCCCUUCCAUGCCAGGUGUACGUGAACCCAGGAGAGAACCUGAAGACAGACCAAUGGCCUCAGAAGCUGAUCAUGCAGCUUAUCCCCCAGCAGCUGCUGACAACCCUUGGCCAUUUGUUCCGGAAUUCUCGGAUGGUCCAGUUCCAGUUCACGAACAAGGAUUUGGAAUCGUUAAAGGGCCUUUAUCGAAUUAUGGCCAAUGGCUUUGCGGGCUGCGUCCAUUUCCCACACAGUGCUCCGUGUGAGGUCAGAGUCUUGAUGCUGUUGUACUCCUCCAAGAAGAAAAUCUUCAUGGGUCUGAUUCCAAAUGAUCAGAGUGGCUUUGUGAAUGGAAUCCGACUGGUCAUAACCAACCACAAGAAAGCCCAGCAGCAGAAAAUUGAACAGCAGAGAAAUCAGCAACUGGGGGGGACACAGCAGAUGGGAGCUGGGUCAAUGCCCAAUCCAGCCUUCAUGCAGAAGCCGCCUGGAGCAAUGCCAGUAUCUCAAGGAGUGCAGCAGCAGCAGAUGCCAGGACAGCCUGUGACCACCUCGAUACCCCAGGUUCACACGGUGACGACGAUGGAUGACCAGCAACGACAACAAAAUCUGUACAGACUGGGAAAAGAGAACAGUGAUGCCGAUGCUUUGUCGAGAAUGCCGCUGGAUGUGGAGUCACUGAUGAGAGAAUGUUCGGAGGAACUGCCGCCUCACACCAUCGCUGCCGCCAUACAAGCUGUUGAGCAGCAGCAGAUGCAGCUCCGAGUGCAACAGCAGGCGCAGGCUGCGACGCAGCAGCAACAGUCCAGCGGCCCGCCCCAGAGUCAGCCUCCGGCUCCGCAGCAGGCGGGCGCCCUGCUCCGACCACCCAACCCUGGCGCUAACCCUCAGCUUCGCAGCCUGCUCCUCAGCCAGCAGACGUCGCAAAGUGGAGUUCCACAGCCCCAACAACCCAUGCAUCACAUCCAGCAGCAAGCCUCUCAGAUGAUGCCUCACCAGUCUAUGGGUCAACAGAUGCCCCAUCAUGCCCAAGGACAGCAGCUGCAGAUGCAAGGACAGCAGCUACUGCACCAAGGUCCUGGGCAGCCAUGGGGCAGUCAGAUGGCACAGCGACCACCUUUACAAGGCCAAAUGAUGAUGGGCUCAGGUCCACGAGGUCCAGUUGCCCAGGCUGGACUGCAGCAAGGUACAAGUCUGCUGGAGGAAGAAAUUCUGAUGGACCUUAUCUAAAACUUUCGCAAGCUCGACCUGCCUUGUCAAAGGUUGAGAAGCCCAGACCCGAGAUGCUCUCUACCCAUACAGAGCAAAGAAUUAUUUAAAUAGGUGGACAGCAGUUGGAAACUUUGUGUCUGUAUGUGGGAUUUUUAAAAAUAUAUUUAGAUUUUUCAUAAAAUUAGUGGAUUGAAUAGGUCAAUUAAGACAGUCCUUAUGAACCUAUCUUUUUGAGUACUGCAGUUUGUUUGCUUUGUAUUAUUUUUGUUCAAUCUGUAUUAAAUUGAUUACUGCAAUUUAUUUUAAAUGAUUUGAAAAGCAGUCUACUCAUAUUUACUUAAAUCCCUUGUGAAUCAGCAGAUGUGAAGGUUUGUUAUAAUCAGUCUCAGCACCUUGAACCUCAAUAGUGGCAGAUGGAGGUGGUCUAUUCCGAUCCACACUGACAAAAUAAGUUUAUUGGAAGGCAGAACUGCAAUGGAUUUCUCUACUUGUGAGUAAUAAACAUAAACUAAAAGAUGAAAGCUCUGUCAAUGUCCUAGUUUCAAUUUGGAAGCUUCAAGAUGCAUUAUAAAAAAAGUGGAAGUGUUGUAGCUGAGAUUCGAGAUGGUGUAGGCUGAGAAUGACAGUGGGGCAGGGCAGUGUCAAGUCUGCAGAGCGAGGCUUGGAGUACAGUGGGUGGUAUGGUUGUAUAGUGGUUAGUACAGUGCUAUUACAACACCAGCAACCUGGGUUCAGCUCUGCUAUUAUCUGUAAGUUGUCUGUCCUUCCGGUGACCACGUAGGUUUCCUCUGGGUGCUUGGGUUGCCUCCCACAUCCCAAAGCUGUGUGGGUUAGCAGGUUAAUUGGUUAAUACACCCACCUGGGUGUAAUCGGGCAGCGUGGGCUCGUUGGGCUGGAAGGGCCUGUUCGUGUGUUUUAUCUCAAUAAAUUUUUCAGAAGCAAAGGUUGAAUGGAGACAUAAGAGACUGCAGAUACUGGAAUCGGGCACCAGACCAUCCACUGGAGGGACUCAGCAGGCUGAGAAGCAUCUGUGUGGUGGGGGAGGUGGGGGUAAAGGAAUUGUUGACAUUUCAGGUCUAAAUCAUGCAUCCAUCUGGAAAAUCUCUCAGUCCAGCUAUGGUUAAAGUACUGCAUAUGUCCCGAUUAUGGGAGUUCUACUGUAAUCACACAAUUGUGCUCACGUGCAAUAAGCUGCAUCCCACAAGACCCAGUUCCCUACUCCAUGGAGCACUCCCUUAAAUCCAUUUUCAAUAUUUCAGCAUUUUGCUUCCUAGCGUAAUGGCCGCUUCACUUGCUCAAAUUUGGGUCGACCCUCUCAGAAACUAUCGGGGAAUCAGAAGACAGGAUUUAGAACCUUUUUUUAUACAGUGGAUCCCUACCGUUAACUAAGGGUCCAUGGGCCCCAGGUUAGGAGCCCGAAUUAGAAGUUAGUAUUUUGAAGCUUCCAUUCAGAAGAAUUGGCAAUAUAUAACAUCUAAAUUACGUUUAUAGAAAAGUGUGAAGAGCACCUGUAUUUCUGUUUACUGAGCAAAUAGUUCACAAAGUAAACUAAUAAACAUUGGUUGUAAAGUUG